GCUCGUCUGCUCGAUGAAACAUCUCACGGAAUAAAGUCCACUCUCUCGAGGUCUUCUUUUGGAGCGCUGCACAAUGCAACGGAACCAGUAACUAUUCCCUGUCCAGCGAAGCGACGCUAAUUAAACCGUGUUGCUGGUUACUGUACAAUGUGGGCGUGAAGAGGAGGACCGUCAAAAGAGCGCGAGUCUCGAGGUGGAUAACUUCGACUUUAUACAGUGUAACAACUCACGGGAGGAUCGAAGCUCUUCAAGCCGUAGCUAUGGUGAACAGCCAGGUUACAGGCGGCGCGUGUGCAUCCAGGUCGUGCGCGGGCUGUGGGGGUCGUAUCGCUGACCGUUUCCUGCUCUUCUCCAUGGAGCGCUACUGGCACACACGCUGCCUCAAGUGCUCGUGCUGUCAGGCUCAGCUGGGAGAGAUCGGGACCACCUGCUACAGCAAAGGAGGCAUGAUCCUCUGCAGAACAGACUACAUCAGGUUGUUUGGGCACACGGGGGCUUGCAGUGCAUGUGGUCAGUCCAUUCCAGCCAGUGAAAUGGUCAUGCGGGCACAGGGCAACGUCUACCACCUCAAGUGCUUCUCCUGUGCAACCUGCAGAAACCAGUUGGUCCCCGGUGACCGAUUCCACUAUGUAAACGGCACCAUAUUUUGUGAACAUGACCGGCCAGGAGCUGCACUCCUUAAUACUCACCUGCAGAGCAACCCGGUGCUACCGGACCAGAAAGUUUGCUGAAGGACUUCUUCGCCCCUUCCUAUUCUUUAGUCUAUAUUUGGUUUACCCUCCAGUGUCUUUCUCAUCACAGCUCCUGACAUCCUCCAGACACUCCUCCUUUGAUGCACUUACGUUUUUACAGACUUAAAUGAAAAAGUGGGAGAACGAGUUUGGGCUGAGAGCGAUGGAAGCAUUUCUUUAUAUCUGACUUCAUAUCAAACUGUGGUGGAUUCUGCAGUAUCUCUCAUUGUGGCUUUCUCGCCCCCUGAAAACAGAAGUGACUUCUAUUUUCUCACAGGAUAUCCUGCCUCUCUUACAUCUAACCUCAAGAGAGAAGGCUUCAUCUGAAAAAGCAAUGUAUGCUUUUUCGAGGCAAGAUGAAACUGCGUUCACAACCCGUUUUUGACAUAUAUCCGAUUUAAAAAGGAUAUUUAAUCAUGAACAAAUGCAUCAAGAAUUGUUUGGAACUUGAAAAGUGGCCAUUACAUAAGAGAGACUGGUGAUGUCAGGCGAAAAUGGUGAAAGUUAUUACAUUUUGUUGAAUUUUUAUGACUUUUU